UUCUAGAGUUUGUGCAUUUAGACUCUUGUAUCAUAGAGAGACGGAGGAAUUACACUUGAAGAGACAGACAGACGACAGGCAACACAUCGAUCGUCAUCAUGCUGAUUCUCCUCGCUGCCAUCUUUGCCCUCCACAUCAUUGGCAUCAUCCUCCUCCUGGUGGCGACUAUCGACAAUGCCUGGUGGGUGACUGACACUGUCUCCACUGACGUGUGGGCUCGGUGGAUACUGCAACCCAACGGAGUGUGGAACUACACUGAUCUUCCCUCAGGCUCUCAUUACCCUCAAGAUUACCUCCAGGCAGUGCAGGCCAGCUCCAUCCUCGCCUGCAUCUUCUCCAUCAUCGGCAUCUUUGUGUUUGUGGCUCAGCUCUUCACCCUCGAAAAAGGGCAGAGGUUCACCAUCUCUGGAAUCUUUCAGUUACUUGCCUGCUUGUGUAUCAUGAUCGCAGCCUCCAUCUACACAGACCGCUUCCACCUGGAUGAGAAAUUUGGUUGGUACGGUCACUGCUACAUCCUGGCGUGGAUUUCCUUUGCGCUCACGUUCAUCUCCUCCAUCACUUACUUUGUGCUACGUAAGAAGACGGCGUGAGAAGGACACUAGAGCUCAGCCCCCGUCCAGCCCAUCGUCUCUGGUCUGGAUCCACUCUUUCAGCUAAAAUCCCAGUUCAUAUUCUCGUGUGUGUCAGAUUGGAGCUGCGGGUGUAGAUUCAGCCUCAGACCUGUCGAUCCCCCUCAAAUACAUGCUCUGCGUUUAAUUGUGUCGGCUUUCAAAAGAUCAGGAUUCGGUAAAAGGGCAAACUCAAUCAAUCGCCGCUGUAUUUGUGUGGAGUUUAGUUUGGCCUGGGGCAUCUAAGGAUAAAGAUUAUUUUUUUGUAGUUAUCUGUCAAAAAAAAAGGCCUAAAGGUUUAAAUAAGAUAUGAUAAAUUAAGAUCUAACGUUGUGUUUGACAAAAGCAAGACAAUAUGUGGUCUUUUUUUUGUGAUGUACAUUUAUAUAUGAAUAUGAAAGUUGGAUAAAACAAAUAGGUGUGAGUUGAUAAUUUUAGUACAUUGUUGUUUUUUUUUAUUAUUAUUAUUUUUGUUCCCUGCUUUGUUCUGGUUUUAUAUUAUGAGUGUAAUUACAACAAUUUACAACAAUCUGUGCCCAUUUAAACUUCAAAAGUCCAUUUUACAUGUCACAUAUAGAUGUGUGUGUGUGUAUUCUAAAGAUAAGAGUAUGCAAGGACAUCGUGAUCAUGUUUAAUUCAUGGUGAUUAGGUAAACUGUUUUUUUUUUUAAUCAUUUUAAUACCAUGUCAAAUGAUAUACUAUAUAUACUAGGAACUAUUACACUAAUAAAGUGAUAUAAAGAGGAACUUUUUUGUUUAGUGUGUCAGAAUAAAACACGACCGCGCCGCCAUUCACAGGUGAAUAUUUUGAUUUGCACUCAUAAGCUCAUCAUUUAACGUCAAUCGACUAAUCAAAAAUGGAUUUCCAUAUGACUAUAAACCAGUGAUGAUGUACCCGUCAUACGUGCUCAGUCAAACCAGCUCUUUUUCCAACCUGGUGUAAAACAGAAAGGCAGCUGCUUUGACAUUUAAAGUCUGAUAUUACAUGUAAAUAUGUUCUCCUUCUUAUGAUUUAUCCCCCCUCCCUUUUAUUUUUAAAUUCUCAGUAUGGACAACAAUGACUUCUACAAUAUUAAAACUUGAUUUUUAACCAGUCAA